AUGACAUCGUUGGAUUUCCUCCGCUCGACUUUUGUUGGAGCCGCCAUGUUUGCGAAAAAUGCCCUCUGCUUAGCUUGCAAGCGCAAUGUGGUCAGUUCACUUCACCGGAAUUCGCGAAACCAGUAUCUACAUGCACUACCAGCUCUGAAUUCUCCCCGCCGAAAGGACUUUUUCUCAUCCAAUGCUCUUCUGGCGCAAAAACAGCUUGGCAAGAAUGACGGACUCUCAGACAGCCCCGAUUCGCAAAAGCAGCGACGCCGUGGUGGUCGAGGACCCGCAGCCCCAACUUCGUUGAGGCGUGUUGCGGUCGAGGCACAAAGGUCAAAAGACGGGUUCAUCUCAAAAGCCCAGCUUAAAGAGCAGGGCAUUUACCAUGCUAGGGUUGUCACUGCCUACGCUGUUGCAGAAAAAUUCGAUAUUCGCAAAGUUCGAGAAAUUCUUCAAGAUAAGGGUUACGAGCCCGAUCCACUAGAUACUGGACUGUACCCGCAGGUAGUACAUGUCCAGAUACCCAUUGAUUCCAUUAGACGGGUGGGAAACCCUUCUACUGAUGAUCUCUCUGCUGAUCAGGUCGGGGAUGUCUUCGUCUUUCCAUCUGGGACAGUGGUCGCAUGGUCACUUCCUGAGGGGUUCACAUCCUUUCUGGCAACAAGAACGUUACUUCCCGCUGCUGAGGGGGCCCACGUGGACAACUUGGAGACCGAGGAUCUUGAAUUCGUGGAGGAUCCCUCGCGUGAAAACAGUAUCAUCAAGGGAGACACUAUUAUUCUGGGCACUCGAUCGGGAGACCAUGCACCGCAAUCACUUCAUGCGAGUCAGCAGUCUGUUGACACUGUUCUGACCAAAGUGGCUUUUUCCUCCGGCCUCGCACGAAGCACGAAGCUUGCCGUUCUGGAAAGCCUGCUGUCCAAUUACUUUGAAUCCACCCGAAGCAUCCCAACUUUGCUCUCUCAAGGCUCGCGUCUCCCGUACACUCGGGAUUUCAUUCUUCGCAAGACUGGACAGCUGCUCAGCGUCCGGGCACAGCUCAAUCUCUACUCAGAACUGACAGAUUCUCUUCCAGACCUCUUUUGGGAUAGUCGGCACGAGCUUGGCCUGGAAGGCUAUUACGAGCAAGUUGGCCGAGCUCUUGAUGUGGGAAUCCGGAUCAAGCUUCUGAAUGAAAAGAUGGACUAUGCUCAAGAAAUCGCAAGCGUGCUCCGUGAACGUCUCAGCGAGACGCAUGGACUUCGAUUGGAAUGGAUUAUCAUUCUCCUCAUCGCCGUCGAGGUUGGCUUUGAGGUAUUGCGGUUGUGGAAGGAGAGGAAGCAUGGACAGGAACAAACCCCACACCCGCCGCAUCCAGAGUCUGAGAGUGCGUAA